AUGUUCAAAUUGGGAAGCAAGAAGGACGUCAAUACCGAGUACAAGUGCACCAUACGCCUGCUAGACGACAGCGAAGUGUUGCAGUGUGAUUUUCAGCAUCUCUGCAAAGGUCAAUACAUACUUGACUAUGUGUGCAACGCCCUGAACCUUUUGGAGAAGGACUACUUUGGCCUCAGAUAUGUCGAUAGUCACAAGCAGCGGCACUGGCUGGACCUUACAAAGCCGGUCAUCAAGCAGGUGAAAGGUAUGAAUCCCAUCGUCUUCUGCUUCCGUGUCAAGUUCUAUCCUCAAGACCCCUUCCGGCUCAAGGAAGAAAUAACGAGGUACCAGAUUUUUCUUCAGCUGAGAAGAGAUCUGCUUCAUGGACGCCUCUAUUGCCCUCCAAAUGACUCUGCUUUGCUUGCCGCAUUGAUCAUUCAAUCUGAACUUGGAGAUUAUGACAGUGAGGAGCAUGGAGACAAUUAUGUCUCGGAGUUCAAGCUUCUUUUGAAACAGACUCCUCGUCUGGAGGAGAAGAUUGCCGAGAUUCACCAGCAGCAGCUCAGGGGCCAAGUACCAGCCGUGUCGGAGGCCAACUUCUUACGCAAGGCCUGUCUCCUCGACACGUACGGUGUGGACCCUCAUCCUGUCAAGAGUCAGGCCCAUGCAGGCUUUCAGAUGGUAAAGAAUUCAAAAUGUUACACGCUGAUCUGA